GUUGGAAGGAGAUAAAUCACUUGAAGCGAGGAAAAGAGUGUAGUUUGUUAUGAUAUUGUAGCGAUAUAAAAAUACAUCCGAUCACGGUCGAGUCAAGGGAUAUCGAUAAAUCAAGUAUUUAGGAAGGCAAAGGAAGUGUAUUUUGUCGAGAAAGAGCUAAAACAAAACUUCAGAUCAUCGCAGAACGUUGCGAACUAAAGGCGAAGGAGUUGUUUGUAUAGCAGAAGUGAAAGUGGAUUUAUGGCAUUAUAACAAGGAAAAAGAAGAGAUUCUGUUCAGUUUUUCCAAACGAAGUGCUUUUUAUACUUCAGAGAUCAUACUUCAGAUAUUAAUAUGGAUUGACAGAAUGCAAAACCAAGAAACAAGGCAUCUUAAUUGAGAUCGUUUGAUAUAAUUGAAUUCCCCGAUCUUCUUCUUCUUCACAAAAUGCAUCGUUACCAGAGCAUCAAACAACUUGGAGACGGUACUUAUGGCUCAGUCGUGCUGGCCAAGAACCAAGAAACCGGUGAAACUGUAGCUAUCAAAAAGUAAAAUGAAAAAGAAGUUUUACUCCUGGGAAGAAUGCCUGAAUCUGAGAGAAGUUAAGUCUCUAAGAAAGCUAAACCAUGCUAACGUUGUGAAAUUGAAGGAAGUAAUUAGAGAAAAUGAUCAUCUUUACUUUGUGUUUGAAUACAUGAAAGAAAAUUUAUAUCAAAUGAUGAAAAAUAGAGACAAGUUGCUUCCAGAGUCAGCCAUAAGAAAUGUUAUCUACCAAAUAUUACAAGGACUAGCAUUUAUACACAAACAUGGAUUUUUCCAUCGUGAUAUGAAACCCGAAAACCUACUGUGCUCUGGUAAUGACUUAGUAAAAAUAGCUGAUUUUGGCCUUGCAAGAGAAAUCAGAUCAAGACCUCCGUACACUGAUUAUGUCUCAACAAGAUGGUACAGAGCACCAGAGGUGCUUCUCCGAUCAACGGGUUACAGCUCACCUAUUGACAUGUGGGCAAUAGGAUGCAUUAUGGCAGAGCUUUACACUCUCAGGCCAUUGUUUCCUGGCAGCAGUGAAGUUGAUGAGAUCUUUAAAGUCACAUCAAUUCUUGGGACACCCUCUAAGGAGGAAUGGCCAGAGGGUCACAAACUCGCAGCUGCAAUGAAUUUCAAGUUUCCACAAAUGGUUCAAACACCGCUCAAGCAGCUUAUUCCAAACGCCAGCCCCGAGGCAUUGCAGUUAAUGCGUGACUUAAUGAUGUGGGACCCUAAAAAACGGCCAACAGCAGCACAAGCACUCAGAUAUCCAUACUUCCAAGUUGGUCAGAAUCUUCCCAAACCAUUACAGUCAAAAACGUUCACAGAGAAUAAAACUAAGGAAAACAGCGCUUACGGUCAGUUCUCCGACAAACCAUCAGGAAAAAGAGUACUUGAAGAAGAUGGGAAGCACACUUAUAGCGGACAAAGCCAACCAGUUGCUAAGGUUCCUUUACAAAGUUAUCAAAGUGGAAGAAAGCGAUGGGAGGGUGGCCCUAAAGGUGGUGUCGGCGUCAAGGACAGCACAGACGAGUUCGAGUCAAUAUUGAACGAAAUCGAACAGAAGACGUCGGCUCAACGCAAACAGCCUCCAAUAAAUAGAACCGAGACGAAAGAGUCGAUCACGAGUGCUAUAUUCGAUAACAAAGGUUCUGGAAUCUCACGGAAAACUCCGCCAAGCGCAAAGCAGCAUUAUCUAAAACAAGCACGCUACUUCCCGGGUCAGUCAACCACGACUGUUCCACUUCAUAAAGUUGGUCAAAAUGUAGGCGGCCAGCAAGCACAUGGUGGAACCACGACCAGUAGGAAGUCUUCAUUCGGGAUCAGCGGUGGUAUAGGAGCAGGUGGUGGUGGUGGGAGCUAUAUCCCUUCGUUCGGAGGUGGAGCGACGACGAGGCCCUCUGGAAUAUUGGGUGGAGGUAUAAGCGGAGCCACUUGGAAACCACCGCUGACCAAACAGCCAAGCGGCACAUCUAUUUACCAGCCCCCUGGCGCAACCACUAGAAACCAGGUCCCAAGAUAUGGAGCCGUGCAUGGAAGAACAGACUGGAGCCUAAAAUAUGGUGGAGGAAAGACUGGUAAUUUCUGAGCAUUUCUCCACGAAAAACACAAUAUAGAACUUUCCUUUGAGCGACGAUAAUCACAUUGACAAUCCACACACACACACACACACUUACAUACCCCUCCCCAAAAAAUUCCCAUACGUGACAUUUAGCCACUACCCUCCCCUAGACGGGGAUAUGUUGUAAAUAGUUCAAUGUAUUUUGAAUUUUUAAUGAUUAUCAUGGUCGAUAUGCCUACUAUAUCGUGGUACUAUAAGUGUUUUAAUCCAAAAAAAUGUGUAUCAUUAAUUUUAAUCGUUUUAUUGGCAUCGCAUGUCUUCCAUAAUUUAACCCUAAGAAGGAAUAAAUUAUAAAAUUCUAUUUAUGUAUUUAAUUUAAUUAAGCAUUUUUCUUUUAAAUAAUAAAAGAAAAAGGAUACAUAAGAGUAGCAGACAAUCUGUAGUUUUUUUUUAAGAAAACCUCUUCAUCUUAUGUUACUUUUUUAGAUCGAAUAAACGAAGGGGAUCUCCUUUCGACUCAACUUUUGUAAAUACGUUGUACUCAAAAACUAAAAUAAAUAGCUAAUUUAGUCUAGGAGUUUCAA